CUCAGGGAACAUGCUGGGCUCCCAGCUGCUGGUCACGGAGCUGGGGGUAGGAGGUGACCUCUUUAUUUUUAGAAGGGAGCUGUCAUUAUAGUCCUGGCCUGCGCUUCAUUCACUGCAGCGAGCAAACGCGGGCUGUGGGAGUUGUAAACAGCUUUCUGCGUAAAGAAGGAGCGCUUUUUUUCCAAAAAGGAUAGACCUUUAUUGCUGGGGCUCCCCCCCGCCCCCGAUACUCGGGUAUCGUGGGAGACUCUGCUGUUUGAAAUCCUUAGUGGGGCAGGCAGGUGCGACAGCUGUCUGCACUGCUGGUAUUUUUAAGGGGCAGAAAUGCCUGAAGGUGAAGACCUCGGACCAGGCAAAAGCUGGGAAGUUAUCAAUUCCACACCAGAUGAGAGACCCAGACUCAGCCAUUGCAUUGCAGACUCGUGGGUGAGCUUCAGCAUAUUUCUUCAAGAAAUGUCUCUUUUUAAACAGCAGAGUCCCGGGAAGUUUUGUCUCCUGGUCUGCAGCGUGUGCACAUUUUUUACCGUCUUGGGAAGUUACAUUCCUGGGGUUAUACUCAGCUAUCUAUUGUUACUGUUUGCAUUUUUAUGCCCACUGUUUAAAUGCAAUGAUAUCGGACAGAAGAUAUACAGCAAAAUCAAGUCAGUUCUGUUGAAACUAGAUUUUGGAAUUGGAGACUAUAUUAAUCAGAAGAAACGUGAGAGAGCUGAAGCAGACAAAGAAAAAAGUCACAAAGAUGACAGUGAAUUAGACUUUUCUGCUCUUUGUCCUAAGAUUAGCCUUACGGUUGCUGCCAAAGAGUUAUCGGUGUCUGACACGGACGUCUCAGAAGUGUCCUGGACUGAUAAUGGGACCUUCAACCUUUCCGAAGGCUACACUCCACAGACGGAUACUUCCGACGAUUUGGACCGGCCUAGUGAGGAAGUUUUCUCUCGAGAUCUUCCUGAUUUUCCAUCCAUAGAAAAUGGCAUGGGGACAAAUGAUGAAGAUGAAUUAAGCCUGGGCUUGCCCGCGGAGCCGAAGAGGAGACAGGAUCGAGUGGACGGCGGCCACGCGGCCAGCGGACAGAAGCCGCCCGCGGCCGGGCUCGCCCUGCCCCUGGGCGGCCAGCUGGUGCGCAGCCUGGCCGGGGAGGUCAUCUCGGCGGCCGUGUCCGCCGCGGUCGCAGACCAGCUCGGGGCGCUUGCGGCGGCCGCGCCCGGCGCCGGGGACGACACAGACUCUGAAGAGGGGGACGACUUUGAACUGCUUGACCAGUCAGAGCUGGAUCAGAUUGAGAGCGAGCUGGGACUCACGCAGGACCAGGACACGGAAGGACAGCGAGGCCAGAAGCCUGCGGGCUUCCUUUCCAACCUCCUGGGCAGCCACUGAGCGGGCGCGGCUCGCCCAGAGCGCAGACCACCGACAGGCUUACCCGAGCAAAACAGGCAAAACCAAAAACAAAAAUGAAGAAAAAUGGGGGAAAUUGAACUGUAAGCUUUAAUGAUCACUUUAGAUUUUCUUUAUUUUCCCUUCUGUGGUGAAUUAACUGGAUUAUAUAUCAGUUGACGCUGAUAGAGUGAUAUUUGAUAGUUAUUUUUAUGUAAUAAGCAUGGAAAUGAACUUCAUAUACAUACAUACCAUGUUGUCAGAAAUACUAGCUGUUUUUAAAGCAAAAAAGAAAUAAAAACCAAACACCAAAUUA